UAAAAGGAAAAUAAGUGAAUCUUUUCUGUUGGACUGAAGGCAGAACAUUUCUGGAAAGGAUUCAGAAAUGUUUGGACUUCUGCUGAUCCAGAACCGGACCUCAGUCGCCUCCUUCAACCAGGUCUGUAGAUCAGUUCUUCAUCCUCAAUCAUCCUCUUCCUCACCGGUGAUGCUGCAUGAAGCAGAGCAGAGUUAAUCCCAGCUGCUAAAGAAGGCGUGAUGUUGGUGUGUCGCCCCCUGCUGGUGACCUUGGCACUGCUCGCCUCGUUAGUCCGAGGUCAGAGCUGGAGGCCGUGCACAGACCUGCUUCCCAUUGACCUGCUCUCCAGAGCGUUACCCCGCCCAGGACCAGCCGCAGCCACUCAGGUGCAGAUGGUUCAGUCCAGAGGAUCUAGAGGUAUCAGACUGACCGGCUCGGUACCAACAGCUCUAAGUUUUACAUCCUCACACAUCUUCACCAACUGUAACUAUUUUCCUUCUGAGUUCUCAUUGGUUGCCACUGUAAAGAUACCAAGACUGAGACAGAAGACCAAUCAGUACAUCAUCUCUGUGGUGAAGGAGGAAUCUGCGUCAUUGUUGCUUGGGCUGCGUGUCUCUGAGAACCAUCUUCAUCUUCUGACCGCUGCCCCCGGUGCCGGAGGGAGAAGACGGAUAAGUUUUAAAAAUGUGGGAUUAGACGACAACAGAUGGCACACGCUGGUUCUGGCUGUGAGCGGUCAUUACGCCAUGCUAACCGUUGACUGUGGCCUACCUGUGGAACUUAAACAGGUCCAGUCCUUCCCCAGUACUCUGAACACUCAAGGGUCCAAGUUCUUCAUCGGCAGCAGGGGGCACUGGAGGGGUCGCUUCUCUGGUCUGCUUCGUCAGCUGGUUCUUCUUCCAGGCUCAGACGCCAGGCCCAGACUUUGUCCAAACUCUGAACCCAGUCUGGCAGAGCUGUUGGUCCCUCAGGUUCUCAAGUCCGCCCUCCUUCAGCCGGACCAACAGGGUUCAGUUUAUCCAUAUGAGGCGGAGGCCAGAGUGACAGCAGGAGAACGUCCUCCAUGUUCAGGACCAGAGAAAGGUCAGCUUUGGUUCAACGUUCAGAAGAAAGGUCUGUUCAUCUGUGACGGGACGACGUGGACGACGCUGCUUCAGAAUAAGGAGCGUCUGGACUAUGUGGAGGACUACCAAGACCUGUACACCCGCUCAGAAACCUUAGAUGUGGAGGUCUUCUCCAUCCCGUCUGAAGGCCUCUUCAUGGCUGCAGCCAACAAGGCCUCCCGACCCGGUUCCGGUAUUUACAGAUGGCAAAAUGGGUCGUUCCAGCUGUACCAGAACAUCAGCACCCAGGAAGCCAGAGCUUGGAAACAUUUCAAAAUCGAUGGAAAGAUUUUCCUGGUGGUGGCGGACAGCAGGAAGGCAGAGCCUGAGAUGUCAGUCAUCUAUCGAUGGAAUCGGCGACGGAAGCGUUUCCUUCUCUACCAGACUCUGGAAACUCACGCUGCUCAGGACUGGGAGGCCUUUCAGAUCCACAACAGUAGCUUCCUGGUGGUGGCCAAUCACAGGCGAGCCAGAGACUCCAACCAUAACAUCCAGAGUGUCAUCUACAGGUGGAACCCGGACACAAAGCUGUUUGAGGUGAACCAGACUCUGACUACGUUCGGCGCUUACGAUUGGGAGUUCUUCACCAUCGGGCCGUAUCAUUUUCUGGUGGUGGCGAACACGUUCAAUGGUCAGACCACCACCAUCAGCUCCACCAUCUACGUCUGGGUGGACGGAUGUUUCCGGAGCUUCCAGAACAUCACGACGAAAGGAGCAACGGAUUGGGAAAUGUUCCAGAUCGACGGCCGGUUCUUCCUCGCCGUCGCCAACAGUCAGCAGUUCUCCAGCCGGGGCCCGAGUCUCUACAACAUCAACUCCACCGUGUACGAGCUGAACAUGUUGACUCAGACCUUCAUCCACUUCCAGGACAUCCCGACUCACAGCGCCGUUGACUGGGAGUUCUUUACCAUUGGAGACGAGAAGUUCUUGGUUGUGGCCAACUCUCAUGAUGGCAGCUCGUACUCUCUGAACAGCGUUGUCUACAGGUGGCAGGGCUACGAGGGCUUCAUCUCUGUCCACAGCCUGCCCACCUUCGGCUGCAGAGACUGGGAGCAUUUCACCACUGACCAGGGCUCCUUCCUGGUCUACUCCAGCGCCACCUCCAGGCUCAGCAAGGUGUUCAGACUGAGGACUUACUGAGGGAACCACUGCUGACAGGAUUGCUGACAUCACAUCCCUGAGGGCGGGGCUUCAGGGAUCAGUGCUGCUCUGCUUCCUCAUCUCCAAGAACUACAAUGAAAAUAUGAAAAAAAACCAACUUUAUUUAUAUGAGAAGCACUUUGUUAAACACACUACAUGAAGCUGUACUGAGCGUUUGAUUGGUCCAAAACUGACCCAGAGUUCAGGGCUUUGCUUUGGAGACAUUCUGAACGUUCCUCUGCAGCUACAGAUGUUAACAGAUGAACAGGAACUCUGUCAGAACCAACAUGAACUCGGUCACCAGCUCUGGGCAUUAACUUCUGAAACAUUCACAAUGAGAAAGAAACAAGUCAUCAAUUUUAAAAUGGUAUA